CUUCCUGGUUGUUGACGGUGUAGUUCACUGACCCUCGGCUACAUGGACACCUAGCAGAGAAACAGCUCCACUAGGUUAGUACUUAAGUUAAAAUGUCCCAUCUGGAAGCAGACGACGCCACUCCGCUGCUCCGGGACGAUGCGAGCAGCGAGGACUCUGAGGAUGGAGACUACAGCAGUCGCUGGAGGUCGAUCCGAGUCAUGUACUUCACCAUGUUCCUCAGCAGCGUGGGUUUCACCAUCGUUAUCACGUCGCUGUGGCCUUACUUGGAAAAGAUUGAUGGAAGUGCGGACGCCAGCUUCCUGGGAUGGAUGGUGGCCGCCUACAGCCUGGGGCAGAUGGUGGCCUCUCCUUUUUUUGGAUGGUGGUCUAAUCACCGGUCACGCUGGGAGCCGCUUGUCUGCUCAAUUUUCAUCAAUCUGUCAGCUAACAUCUACUACGCUUAUGCCUACCUGCCCAAGACUAAUAACAAGUACCACCUGCUCAUGUCCAGGGUCUUCGUGGGCUUCGGAGCAGGUAACGUGGCCGUGGUGAGGUCCUACGUUGCUGGUGCUACGUCGCUGAAGGAGAGGACUAGUGCCAUGGCAAACAUGAGCGCCUGUCAGGCUCUGGGUUUCAUCCUUGGCCCAGCUCUCCAGGCUUGUCUGUCAUUUAUUGGUGAAGAAGGUGUAACAUUGAACUUCAUAGACCUGCAGCUGAACAUGUACACCACUCCGGCUUUACUGGCUACAGCGUUCGGCCUCGUCAACAUCCUGCUUGUUCUAUUUGUGUUAAAAGAACACAGAGUGGAUGAAAAGGGAAAAAGCCUUCCCUCCAUCAACUACGACUCUGAAGAUAGAGUUGAUGUUCUUGAAGAAUCCGAGGAAAGCAUCGACCACAUGGCUGUUGUGACUUCCAACGUGUUGUUCUUCACCGUCAUGUUCAUCUUUGCUGUGUUUGAAACAAUUUCAACCCCAUUGUCCAUGGACAUGUUUGCCUGGACACGGAAAGAAGCUGUGCUUUACAACGGCAUCAUCAUGUGCUGCAUCGGCUGUGAAUCGAUCAUUGUCUUCGUGGUUGUGAAGGCAGCUUCUCAAAGGUUUGGGGAUCGUCCAGUGUUGCUAACAGGCUUCUGUACUAUAUUCUGCGGCUUCAUUAUUCUGCUUCCGUGGGGAAAUCAGUACCCCAAAAUCCAGUGGGCAGAUAUCAAAAACAACUCAGGGGUCAAUCUAAUUCUGAAGGACUCGGUUUCAGCCAAUGGCACUGUGGAGCCGACAGGCUGUCCUUACGAACAGACCUGGUGUCAGUACACGCCUGCUAUACACCUAUCACAGUACAUGGUGUCAGACGUCCUGAUCGGGGUGGGAUACCCAGCCUGCAAUGUCAUGUCCUACACACUCUAUUCCAAAAUCAUUGGACCCAAACCUCAGGGCGUGUACAUGGGCUGGUUGACGGCCUCAGGGAGUGGAGCGCGAACACUGGGCCCCGUCUUUGUCUCCCAUGUCUACACCAUCCUGGGCCCUCGCUGGGCCGUCAGCCUCAUCUGUGGCAUGGUGGUGGGAGCCAUCGUCCUCCUCAGCGCAAUGUACCAGAGACUUAUUGGCUUUUCAGUUCGCCACGGAAGGAUUGUAUCGUAACGGCGCCCGCCGUGGAAACUAAUGGCAGUUUGCGACGAGCAUUGCAGGCCAAACCCCUGGAAACAACGGCUGUCUUUUUAAGCCAUUUCCUACUCUGAAUGUGGUCACUGAUUAUCUGUUGAGUUUGCAGCUCGGGGUCUUAACUUUUAAACUGGGUAAUGGAGAUAUAAAGCCAGGACUAUUUCUCAUUGUGCAACAUGAGAUGGGAUGAGAUGCACGGAGGGAGCUAGAGUUCUGUCCACACCUUCACUCACCUGUAAACAGGGUUCUGACACUCGCUAAUGACAGAUGAUAAAACUGUGUCAUUAAUGUGCUUGUGCAAUACAGAUUUUCAGAUAUACUUAGCACUAAUCUAACAUUUAUGGUUACACAUUACCUCAAUGAUAAGCAAUUAAAAAAAAAGAAGAUAUUUUUGCUAUUUCUAAUGAGUUGAACUGUAGUUGUUUAAUACUAUGAGGUUUUUUCAUCCUUAAAUUAUUCAGAAAGUAAUUUCUGGCUGUGUGUUGAGUCACGAUUAACUGAAUUGUUAAAUUGAAUCGACGCAUUAAAUUUUUAAUGUAAGCUUA